UAGCAGGCAGGAAGGAAAGGGCGGCACUUCGGAAGAGAACGCACAUUGUCGUUCAAUAAGACAGCCCGACGUACUGCUCAUCUGCGUGUGACAUUUCUACACUACAAUUUUGGAAAAAAAAGGCAUAAUGAUUUAACCCAUCUGUCUCGUGGGGUUCUUGAUUCCAGUCUCGACUUCGGCCUUGUGUGGAGUUUGCAUUUUCUCUGGUCUACCUGCCAGUAUGUCUGACAAGAAGGCCGUGAUCAAGAACGCGGACAUGUCCGAAGAAAUGCAGCAGGAUGCCGUGGACUGUGCCAUGCAAGCCAUGGAAAAGUACAACAUAGAAAAGGACAUCGCUGCCUAUGUCAAAAAGGAGUUUGAUAAGAAGUACAACCCCACGUGGCACUGCAUCGUGGGCCGGAACUUCGGCAGCUACGUGACGCAUGAGACCAAGCACUUCAUCUACUUCUACCUCGGCCAAGUGGCCAUCCUGCUCUUCAAGUCGGGCUGAAACAUUUCUUCCCCCCCAUCCCCAACCAUUUAAACAACUCCAUGCUGUCCGUCAGCCACUCUGCAGACAGGACUCCCUCAGGAGGUCCUUGCUCUGACUUUUUGUUCCUAAAUGAAGGAGAAGAUGGUGCUGUGUUGACCAUAUUAUGGGAGGUAUUUGUUUAGCUGUUCUGCGACAGAUGCUUGUAUGUACAUUUCAUCUGGAUGUUUCAUUUUUCACGGAAUUCAAAGAAGUGACAAUUUUUGUUACAUAAGCAUUCAUUUUGUGUGCCGGGCUGUUGCACCCAUGCCAAAUAAGGCAAGUUUAGUAAGUGUUUGAACUUAACUGUUUGUUUCAUGUCUGUGCAUGUUGUAAUUUUGCUAUCAUUCUGCACAACACUAUUAGAAUUAAAUAUAUUUAACAUGUUUACUGGAAA